AUGCACGGAGCUCCGACGCCGCUCGCAGCAGGCAAGGGUACGAAGGGCCCCCCGCCGCCUGCGGGCAUCCCCCCAUCGUGGGCCAAAGGCAAAGGUGGGUAUGCCCCGCAGCCAGGCAAGGGCAAGGAAGGCUCAAGCGGCCCGAGUGGAGCAGGGACAUGGGACUCGGCGCCUAGUCGUCGGCCUUCGGUUCCAAAGCGACCAACAGGCAGAUCGAGAUUUGUGCCAGGGGCGUGUGCUGACAGGCAUGCGUGUGCGCCCAAAGGGCAGGGAACGUCACGGGCUGCCAAGCCGACCAGGGGUGUCCGCAACGACGCCCAGGACUUGUACCACAUGCCCUUGUACGACAAGCAGGACUUUCUCCACCAACUGGACCGGCGCCAGUUUAACAACACUGUCAUCCAGGCAAUGGACAAUACCGAUCUCACAGUUUCUUGGAUAGCUAUUCAGUUUGCCACUGAGGUGGUCGCCUGGCUUGGGGGAAUUGACCCAAGCCACAAGCCUCGCGGUUCUUUCAUGUCUGGCUUGUUGGACAAUGUCUACCUGCGCAUCGACAAUGGUGAGCUCAGUCCAAGCAUGAAUUCCAAGAUGAUCCUGGCCAGGAUCCGCCACAUGAGAUCCGAACGCGACCGGGUGACUGCUAACCUUUCCGUCUACUGGCACGGGGACUACCAGGCCCUGACCAAUGGCACCUCGUCGGUGUGGCUUACCCCGGACCAGCGGCCGUACUUGUCGAACGGCAUCACCAAUCCCUGGGUUUCAGACUUCCUGGAAGUUGAAGAGGUGACUGAGUUUGAGCCUGGUGCCUUCACUCGCACGGAGGACGCAGGCCCACUUGCCGGAGCAAGUACAGGCCAACUGCCGAACGAGUACCACGUGCCGGGCACGCCUAAGAGCGAGGCGUCGGCCCUGGAGACCGAGUUUAUCGUUGUGUAUGACACACAGGAGAAGCCUCUCCUAGUGUCCGUCAGGGAUCCGGAGAAGGUGGCUGUCCUGAGCGAGGCCCCGGACUGGUUUGUGGAGAGGCAUCGCCUCAACAAGCGAGAGUUUGUCAGCUCGCCUCAGCUGGGCCUGAUGAUGUACGCUACUGGGUUUCUUCAGUCUAGCUUGGGGGGCCGGGUGUAA